UAUUAGAUCAUAAGAAUGGCCAUCCUGGCUCAGACUAAUGGUCUGUCUAACCCAGUAUGCUGUCUUCUGACAGUGGGCAGAGCCAGAUGCUUCAGAGGGAGUGACCAGAAAAGGGCAAUUUGUCAAGUGAUCCAUUCUCCGUUGUCCAGUCCCAGAUUCUGGCAGUCAGAGAGGAAGGUAUAUAGAACAACAACACAUGUCCCAUGGGAAUUAGGACAGAUCAUGGAUUCGGAAACCUUUGAAAAGUCUCGUUUGUAUCAACUGGACAAAAGUACUUUCAGUUUUUGGUCGGGCCUAUAUUCUGAGCUAGAGGGCACUAUGAUUCUUCUCUGUGGAGGAAUUCCUUUCCUUUGGAAUGUAUCUGGACAAAUCUCUGGUCGUGCUGGUUUUGAACCAGAAUACGAGAUCGCUCAGUCAUUGGUGUUUCUGCUGCUUGCUACACUCUUCAGUGCGGUGACUGGCCUCCCAUGGAGUCUAUAUAAUACCUUUGUCAUAGAGGAGAAACAUGGCUUCAAUCAGCAGACACUGGGAUUUUUUUUUAAGGAUGCCAUCAAGAAGUUUAUCGUGACUCAGUGUAUUCUGUUGCCUGUGACCUCUCUUCUGCUUUACAUUAUUAAAAUAGGGGGAGACUACUUCUUCAUUUAUGCCUGGCUGUUCACAUUAGUUGUUUCCUUGGUUCUUGUCACAAUAUACGCAGACUACAUUGCCCCUCUGUUUGAUAAAUUCAUUCCACUUCCUGAGGGAGAGCUCAAACAAGCAAUUGAAAUGAUGGCAAAAAGUAUUGACUUUCCUUUGACUAAGGUCUAUGUUGUAGAAGGUUCCAAGCGUUCCUCCCAUAGCAAUGCUUAUUUCUAUGGCUUCUUCAAGAAUAAGCGGAUAGUGUUGUUUGACACCCUCCUGGAAGAUUACUGUGCACUGAACAAAGAACACUCAGAGGGAGAAGAUGGUGAAGAUGAUGACACAAAGUCCAAAGUCAAAAAUAAGAAGCAAGGAUGCAAAAAUGAAGAAGUUUUGGCAGUGCUUGGCCAUGAACUGGGUCACUGGAAGCUAGGUCACACGAUCAAAAAUAUUGUCAUCAGCCAGAUGAACUCCUUCCUCUGCUUCUUUUUGUUUGCAGUAUUAAUUGGUCAGAAAGAACUCUUCGCUGCAUUUGGUUUCUAUGAGACUCAGCCCACCCUGAUAGGACUGAUGAUUAUUUUCCAAUUCAUUUUUUCACCUUAUAAUGAGAAUACUAAUGGCAUAGAUGUGCAUCAUCUCCAAUAGCUGCCAACAUUUGUGUACUGCUUUUAUUGAUGGUUGGAUUGCAGCCCUGCUCCUUUGAUGGUGUGAAUCUGGAACCUGUUGUAUUCGAGGCAUGAGGAGACUAUCCAUGAAUAAGGCUGCGAGUCUGUCACGGAGAUCACGGAUUCCAUGACUUUCCGUGACUUCUGCAGCAGCAGCAGUUUGGGUGUGUGGGAGGGGGCUCAGGGCUAGGGGUUUGUGGGGGUGGUUACUCGGGGUGGAGAGCCUCCCUACAGCUCCUAGGCGGCAGAAGGGUGUGUGGGGGGGUGUCUCCACACCAUGCACUGCUGGCGUCCGCAGGCCCUGCCCUCGCAGCUCCCAUUGGCUGUGGUUCCCAGCCAAUGGGAGCUGCGGCAGCCAGUGCUUGUGGCAGGAGCAGCAGGGACGCGCAGCCGGGUGUUGGGAUAUGUACGGGUUAAGUAAAGACCUGGGAAACAGCUGGUGUGCUGACAUGGUAUUAGGGAGUAGAAGCACGGGCAGGCACUGUUUCUGCACUUGAUAAAGUGCCAUCCCUCUCCUUUCCCUUCUGCUUGUUAAGGAUAGAUAAGUGUUGCACCUGCAUAAGGAAUGUGGGGGGUCUAGAGAAUACCCUUUCUGUAAAGAAGUGUUAUCUCCCCCUCUCCCUUCCUUUCCCAGCUACAUAAAUGAGCUCGGGGUCAUGGCCCCUUCCUCCCUUCCCUGCAAACUGCUGAUUAUAAAUAAAUUAUAAAUAAAUGUAUUUGCAAAGAAUUAUUGCAAAGAAAUGUAUUUUCAAGGUAAAAAUUUCUGUAGAAUAUGCUUAAUGCUGUAAAUAGUGAACAGGGGCGGAGAUAAUUAUAUUCAGUAUAUGGGUAUUCACGUUACUAAAUAAGGGUUUUGGGGGUGUUACAGUAAAUGUAGGUAUUUACCUAUUAAUUUAGAUAAAAGGGUAUGAUGUGAUUAACUCAGGGCUUACUCAACAAUUGCGUCAAGGGGAACAAGUACUGCAAUAAAAAGCCCAUCUACUCAA